GCCAUGAGCGCUCUGAGCGGUCGGGACGGGUGGAGGUAUCUGGACGUGGCCAGGGAGGCCAAGCCGAGCCGGGUCAGGUUGGGCCAAAAGAGGCCGCACAGCAGCAGCCUGUACCCGUGAGUGCCAGUGCAUGGGCUCCUUGUGCAUCUGUGGGUCCCCAUGAGCAGCUCCUGGGGGGUCCCGACUGAGCCCCAAACCCACCUCACUGAAGGGUUUGGAGGUUUCUUCUCUGAUUCCAUGAAUCUUCUACCCGUAAGAAGAGCUCCAUGGUUUUUCCGAUGAGCAGCACCUGCGACCUGGACUACAACCUCUAUAGGGAUGACUUCCCAUACCGGGUGUAUGAAUACCAGAAGAUCCCACCCCUCAUUAACCGCAUCCCCGUCAAGGCCAGGAGAACACACUCCAGAGCAGGAGGCACGAGCAGCCCCAGCCCCCAGCACGGGGCACGGAGCAGCACCAGCUCCACGGGGACGCGGAUAAAACUGAGAGCCGAGGAGCUGCAUUCCAUCAAGGGGGAGCUGAGCCAGAUCAAGGAGCGGGUGGACAACCUGCUGGAGAGCCUGGAGCGCAUGGAGCAGCGCAGGGAGCGGCUCUCGGGGUGCAAGGAGAGUGAGAAGAAGGCAGAGGUGGGCUCAGCAUCACCGGCCCCACUGGGAGAGGGCUCACGAGGCACUGAGGGGAGCAGAGGGGACGGGCACAACAUUGACAGCACCGAGGAGAGCACAGACACGGAGGAGACGAUGAAGGCCCACACCUCGGACCCUGAGCGCAGCCAGUAGUGGGGAUGCUGGAGCCCCACAGCUCCUGCCCCAGCUCCGCAUCCCUUUGGAGGCUCCCGGCAGGUGCCAGGCUGGUGCCCAGUGCCCACUCCCUGCACUCACAUCCCCACCACCAGUGGCAGCAGCCCCGUGCCCCAAGUUGGCCAGCCACGGUGAGAGAAGUCUUUGUGUUCGAGUGCGCGUUGGUUUAUCUUUAUCCCUCCUGUUUUGCAAUGUCAAUACGUGGGGAGGGGAGGAGGGCAGAAGCUCCACACCCCAAAGGAUCAUUAGCCCAGAGCUGAGAUCCGCUGUGUCCCCACUCACCUCCCCUGUGGGUAAAGCAUCCCACUGACCCCUCCAUCCCAUAACAACACAGGCCAGAUGUGCUCCCCAUGCCGGACAAAGCCAUAGUGCUGUCCCUGCUGGGCAGUGGUGAGGACACAGGUGGCCACACAUGAUACCACCAGCACAGGGCACCCAGCACCAGCGGGUCUCUCUUAAUGGUGUCCUAAUGGUGUCUUAAUGGUGUCCCCCACCAUAGCAGGGACCCUGCUCACCUCUGCCUGGGGAAGUUGAGCCUCCAUCCCUCUCCCUACAUGUCUAUGUGCCCCAUUUCAAGGCCGUUCUCCCCUCGCUGGCCCGAAGUUGACCCGUAGUUCUGAUUUGCUCCGGCAAAAGAGUUUGUUGUGCUGGAAAGGAAAACAAGCAAUUCAUCAUUUCUA